AUGAGGACGUGCACACUGACAGGAGUGGUAACAAGGAAGGAAUAUGUAUGUUGUAAACAGGGGUAUGCGUUGAUAAGCACUGUUAGUCAUAAGAGAAGAUGGCGAGGUUGUACUCGAACUGGUUGCAAGGCUAAACUUGUGAUAUUGAAGGUGAAAUACAAGAAUAAGUACAUUGUUGUAGGAUUCAAUGAGGUACACAGCCAUGACAUGACCACAGUUGAUAAAGUCCAUCUAUUGAGAUCUCACCAUAACUUAACAGAGCCUACAAAGGCCUAUAGUGCAGAUAUGAGCAAAGUUAAUAUUCCGGUACAUAAACAGUUAAACCUUCUUGAGGUGCAAGUAAGGGGAUUGGAAAAUGUUGGGUUUGUUAAGAGAUAUGUCUAUAAUUAUAUAAGGGACGUGCGUGGAGAGGUGAUUGGCAAUGAUGCAGAACUGCUUAAGGAGCGUUUUAUGGCUAUGCAAGAAAAGAAUGAAUCCUUUUAUUUCAAGAUGGAGGUAGAUUUGGAAGGAAGGAUGGGUAAUGUUUUCUGGUCAGAUGCAAGGUCAAGACGAGCUUAUGAGUUUUUUGGAGAUGUGGUGGUAUUUGAUACGACGUUCAACACGAACCGCUAUGGGAUGUUCUUUGUGCCUUUGUUAGGCGUUAAUAACCAUCGGCAGACAGUGUUGUUUGGUUGUGCAUUCCUAACUAGUGAAACCACGGAUUCAUUUGUAUGGUUGUUAGAGGAAUUCAAGAAAGCCAUGCUAGGUGAGCCACCCAAAAUGAUCAUCACUGAUCAAGAUGCAGCCAUGUCAAAGGCAAUUGCUGUAACUCUCCCGACAACAUUCCAUAGAUAUUGCAUAUGGCAUAUCUUGAAUAAGAUUACAGAGAAACCCGGCAUUGGAGAAUGUUUUUUGGAAAUGAACAAAUGCAUAUGGGGUAUGGAUAAGAAAGAAGAAUUUGAUGCGAAAUAG